CAUCAGCGGAAAAGAAUUGAUGUAGGAAAAAAUAAACGCCCAAAAAAAUUGAUAAGGAAAAAUUUUUCAAAUAAAUGAAUAGAAAAGAUAUGAUCACUGUGUUUUCUAGAGUUAUUUUCCUGGGUGUUUUAGAGCAGUCAUUGCUUAAGAUUGCGAGGAAAUGCGAAUAGAGCAAAAAAGGUAGUUUCAUUUUCUUUCCGCCAGUUGUCGCUGUCUGGCCCAAUGGCGAAUUCCGUUCCCGCAUGUCAGGCAAAUUCUGUGAAAAUUUUGUUUGUACGUGGAAAAUUGUAUUUUUGAGGAAUAUUGCGUGCAUUGGGCAAUAGUCAGAACACUGGACAGUGAUAGGGGCUAUCAAGGCAGUACAUUGACACAUAAAUGUGCGUGAGUUACAUAAGACAUAAUCCCCAAAUUACAUAAAAAACCUCAUCGGUGCGUCGGCAAGCCGGGAUUAUUUUCCAAUUGAGACAAUUUUCACGAUAAAACUGAGCUUGUGCGGAAAAUUGGUGGGCAUUGGAGUAAAUUGCAUCGUGUGCAGAAAUCACGGGAUAGGAUUUUGGGCUUUUUUUCUGAAUGAUGACGACUGGAAGCACAGGAUCGACCUUUCCAAAGUGGCAAUUGGCUAUCAUCUUGGGUGCCCCGGUGGCACUGACUCUGGGCUAUCUGUACUACCGCAGACAGACCUCUCACAGCGAAGCGGAUGAGCGCAAGAAGAAGUUCAACAAAGCGGAUAAGUCCGUGUCGAUAGAUGGGGAUGAGACCAAGGAGCUGACAAAUGGGCCCACGAAGGCAGAAGCUCCGGUCAAAUUGAGCCCCCUGGAGGCGGCGAUGGAGUUCAAAAAUCGAGGAAAUGAGAGGUAUAGACUGGGAAAGUUCGAUGAAUCCAUCGACUUCUACCGGCAAGCUAUUGAAAGUUGUCCGGGAACUAAUACCAUUGAGCUGGCCACAUUCUAUCAGAAUCGUGCUGCAGCCCAUGAACAGCUGAAGCAAUGGAAUGCAGUGAGGGAGGAUUGCACAAGGGCCCUAGGGCUCAAUCCGAAAUACAUUAAGGCAUACAAUAGGCGUGCAAAGGCACAUGAAUAUUUGAAAGAUCUCCCAAGUAGUUUGGAGGAUAUCACGGCAACGUGUAUCCUCGAACAAUUCCAGAAUCAGUCAUCAAUAGCCUUUGCGGAUCGAGUACUCCGGACACUGGGGGCUCAGCAUGCCACGGAGGCCAUAAAGGAGAGGAAGCCUGUAGCGCCAUCAUCGCACUUUGUCACAAGUUUCUGUGCGGCAUUUUCCAGUGAUCCACUGAAGGAUAUUGCCGUGGCUGUGAGCAAUCCCAAAGGAUUUAUGUUGGCUAAAGUGGAAUUUGAUCGGUUGAAUCUGGAUAAAGUUAUUCCGGCGUGCACGGAGGAGCUUAGUCAGGAGAUUUCGGAGUAUCGGGCAAUGGCGCUUUUGUUGAGGGGGACAAUGUAUCAAUUGAUGGGGUUGUUUACAGAAGCUCUGGAGGACUUUGCUCAGUUGAUUCCGGAUGAAGAGCUGAGUGGCAAGAUUCGCGUGAAUGCAUUGAUAAAGCGUGCCUCGAUUAAUGUGCAAAUGGACAAAAUGGAGGAGUGUUUUGAGGAUUUUGCAGCAGCGGAAAAAAUUGAUCCGAACAAUCCGGACAUUUUUUACCAUCGUGGGCAGAUGUAUGUCCUGCUGCAGAGGCUGCAGGAAGCCGUGGAGGAUUUCCAGAAGACAAUAGACAUGGUUCCGGACUUUGGAAUGGCUUAUGUACAGAAGCUCUAUGUUGAGUAUCGUACGGCUCUGAUGGAGGAUAAUCCAAUGAAAUCCUUCCAUCUCCUGGAGAAAUUCCGCGAUGCCAUGGAGCGCUUCCCGAAGUGCGUGGAGUGCUACAGUAUUAUGGCUCAGAUUCUCACGGAACAGCAGCAAUACAAAGAAGCUGAUCAGCUUUUUGAGAAAGCCAUCAAACUCGAUCCUGGAAAUGCAACACUCUACGUCCACCGUGGAAUUCUCCAGUUGCAAUGGCGAGGAGAUGUAGAUACUGCCCUGCAACUCCUUCAAACUGCCAUCACGGUCGAUGAUCGAUGUGAAUUUGCCUUUGAAACACUCGCCUCCAUUGAGGUUCAACGGGGAAAUAUGCAAAAGGCCAUUGAACUCUUCGAUGCUGCCAUCAAUCUGGCCAAAUCUGAGACAGAACUUCGGCAUCUAUUCUCCCUCAAAGAUGCCGCAAUGGCUCAGAUGAAUGUGGCCUCGAGGAUGGGCAUUGAGGCAAGUAGUUUGUCAGCACUGGCAGCCAGUGCUCUUGUCUAAUAAAUUCCACUCCCGGAGCCCCCUCGCGCGGAAAUUGUUAUCUCUGUAGACUUGAAACAUAAAUAAUAAGCCUUGCACACAAAUCUCCCUGUCUCUUGGUUGUUUUUGGCGCCUCCUCACAAACAUUCUUUUACCUUCUGUGACUUAAUUUUGUUGUUUAGUUUGUAGGCUCAACUUUUACCCUACGCGAUACCCAUGCAUUUAAUUGUACAGAAAAAUUUAGUAGAAAUUGCAGAAAAUUAUAGUCUUUUGGAUAAAGGAAAAUGUUGUUCGAAAAAAUGAAUGCGCAUGGAAAUAAAGUCUUUUUUUCUUUUUUUUUAAACCAAA